ACAAGCUGGAUGGGUAUUUACUAUGUAGCUUGUAUUUUGCUGAAUGCAUGCGCUGGUCUAUUGAAUCACUGAUUGCGUUCGUACAUGUUUGGCAUAGAUAGUUAAUAUAUCUAACUCUUGGUAUCAUUUCCAUGAUGCUCACUUUGCCAAGAAGGUACAUUGCUUAGUUCUCCGAUGGAUAGCUCAGGUGCAUUUUAAACUAAAUUCAUUUUUUGGUAGGUAGCUGUUUGUAGGAGCUUUUGUGCACAUCGUUGCUUGCGCUAAAGUCUGCAGAUUCUUUCUACAAUAUAGAUGCUCUGCAUCGAACUGCUCUAAAUAGUGAUUAACUUGCACAUCAACAUAUAACAUCGCACACAUUAUUGGUUAUUCACAAAAUCCUUUAUAGAACCUAUAAGUUGGCUGCAUGUAUGUGUUCGUUUUCAGGGAGACUCAUACAUGGGUAAAGAACCAAGUCCUGUGGAUCUGUUCAGGGAGACACACCGCAGCAAGGACGACUGCUACUCCUCUGAAGUACAACGUGUUCUGGCUGAGAUUGAAGAAGAGAUGUCUCAACCUACACCAGAUGGAGAGCCAAAGAAUGAGACCCAGGUUUUAUCCGAUGUCCUUGGUAAGAGAGUAAAGAAACCUAUGUUUCUUCAGAAUGUGGGACUCGAGCAUAGACCCACGCGAUCAAAUAUGAGCACCCUAGCUGAUUUACUGGAGACAGAGCGGAGGGGAAAAGCGGACCUUCAAGAUCUUGUCGACUCCCAGAGUGCUAAUCUGUUGGAGCUUAACAGAAAGGUACAUGAAUCGAGAGAGAGGCAGGCUGCCCUUGAGGCAAAGCUUGAAACGUUUACCAAGUCCGUGCGCGAGUAAACAUGGUCAACUGGUGGUGGUAUGGUGGACAGUUGAACUAUAUUUUGGGCUGGUUGUCUUGCUUUGGUGCAAGCUAAACUGCCCUCCGACCCAUAUUAAUUGACUUCAAUAUGGAUGUAUCUAGAACUAAAAUGUGUCUAGAUACAUCCAUAUUAGAGUCAAUUAAUAUGAACCGGAGGAUAUUAUUUUGGAGGAGCUGAACUGUUAUA